AUGGGGGUGGGUAUGUCACAAAGCUGCUGCCAGGGGGAAUCGCAGAGGGUUGUCUGCGACCUAGAUCACUCCUCCAGUCUGUCCCUCCUUUAUCUUGACAAAGAGAUCGAGGAUGACCUCACAUCAACAAGAGGAAGCAGCGAUGCUUCGAGCAGAGCGAGUCAAGCAGGUCAAACCGGGAAGCUCCGUGGUGUACCAGUCCUGCGAGUGCAGGCGGCGAUGCCGGUACUUGCCAAGGCAAGUGGCCUGGACAGGACUGGCAUCGAGGAGUUGCAGAACGUUCUAAGAAGCCACGGGGUAGACACUACGAGCUGGGGCUCUCAUGGGACAAAAUCGAUCGAACAUCUUUUUUGGGAACUCUUCGUCCAGCAUGGAAGCAUAUUGACUGGAAUUGGGACGACGAGGCUGAAGCGGGUCACUCGACUUUUGAAGUUGCGUCUUGUCGCAGACAUCGAUGGUGUGGAUCACGUCGUCUUGUCGCGACUGCAGUUCAUGCACGAUGGACAGCAGAUCCAGCGCCAACAGCUUCCUUUACGAAGGCUCGCCUGGAAGCUGCCGACAGACAGCCCCCUGUUGCCGUCCUGCGAAGCUAAUGUAUAUAAUGAGGACUACGAGUAUGUGGAGUCCUGGCGCAGCUGCUGUAUGUCUGUUCUGGAAGAGAGGCUUGGAAUUUCCAUGACAACUGCUCAGCAGCAACUUAAGGAAGUUGCCAAUACGUAUACCUACCAGAAUGACGACAACGUCGCGAGCGAGGGCUAUCCUGGGUUGAAUACUCUGUACGGUGUGCACCAGGUCACGUUCAGAGUCGUAAAUCCAGACCACAGCAAGGUAGCGGGCAUUGGCCUACCCCUGGGGCAGGAGUUCGCUACAGCAGACGGCCACUUCAGCUUGGAGAGGUUUCACUGCAAAGAGCCCAUCCCUAUCGGUUCUCAGCUCAAUGUCUGGUUCUGGAUGCCGUGCACUGAAUUUGACAAGGCUUGUGCCGGGCAGAGUCUGCCACGCUCAGACUGCGGUGAGUCUCCCUCCAUCAAUCGCCUCGAGGCGGAGCUGACGUUCCUGAAGCGUGUUCCGGUCGCACCGGCCAUAUCCAAGACGGCAUCCAUGAAUCCAGGCAUCGCUGGCAAAGAAGCCAACAUGACCAAGAGAGGUGCUCCCAAUGCCCAUCUGCGUCGCAUCCUAGCAAAUAAGAGAACCGACUGGAAGACGGUGAGGAAGAUGGCGAACAGGAUAAUGGACAAAGACUAUACCCUAGCGCAGUUCACUCAGGACCUUGCAGCCUUCCCCGAACUGUCCCUAUACCUGCGGGAUGGAGUGGGGGAGACUGGAUCGGGUCGAACGACAGACGACGAGUAUCAGCGCACCGUCUGUGCUUUCUUCGCCAUCUACUGGCUCAUGCGCCUGGACACCGAUGGCCGUCAGGGCUUCUGCUUCGGCACAGACAGCGACUGGAAUGUGCUGAAGGAAUCCGCACUGCAGGAGGGGCAGGUGGCGGUCCAAACACGGACCGUGUCCCCGGAGCUGCAACAACGCUUCUACAAGGUUGAUCGCCGCCUGGCAUUCUUCAACAAUGCCCAGUGGGGCUUCUUCCGCCGACUCAUGGUCGAUGCCGGCUUGUUGCAGGAGACGAGUGCUGGAUCAAGGACAGCCUACAAAGUGCAGGAGACGCGUAUGGUCUCAUUGCUGGCUUUGACCGCAAUCCAUGACAUCAUGAAGAUGGAGAACUUGCUGCCGACGGUGCAGCAAGAGCACCACGGCUAUCAUGGCUAUGCAGCCGGUGACGUGAUCGGUGAUCACGACACUGCCUUGUGCUAUAUUCUGGACGGUGCUCAUGGGCUUGCAGCCCUGGUAGCUGACCACUACACGGAGUUGCUGCCCUCCUUCAAGGAGCUUGACCCGGCGGAGCGUUGGCUCGUGCAGGCAGAGGCCCCGCCAGGAGCCAUCUUCACGAAGUUUCGUGAAGCCAUCGCCAAGGAUCGGCGGUUACAUGCCGGGGCGAGAGACGUGGCUCUUUAUUUUGUACAUUGGCUUACCGACUUGGCCGGUGCUGAGCCAACACCGCUCGGCGGCUGCGAGAAGUUUGUGAUCAAGUUCCCUCUGCACGUGUUGAACAGCUUUCUGCAAUCUUUCAAGCUCAUCGAGGGCAUCACGUCCUCAACGGAGACGCAGGUCAUGGAGAGAUACCUCAAGUACCGGUGGACUGAUCACGUGCCCUCCCUGAAAGAGCCUCCAGAAGGUCCUCAUGCUAUCGCUGCCAUGCGCCUCCUCUGCAUGGCACAGGCAAAUGGGCGAACGGUGGUGGAUGCCUUCAACCUCGAGUUGCCACAGGAGGACAUCUUGGAAACGUCCGGAAGGAAUGACAAGGAGGUCUUGAGUGUGGAGAUGGCACGAACGGGCUGUGCAGGCCAGUCCUUCUCUCCAACCUUGGUGCCGAAGGAGCAGAAGGUCAAGGAGCCUAGGUCCUACGUCGUACGUUGCAGUGAGCUUAUCGGCUCAGCGCCGCAGCAAGGCUUUCGGCUCAUGACUCACGCCAUCCACUGUGACGUAGGCCUGCGGAUUCUGGCGGAGAUCUACCGCUGUUCGCGAGAGCUCUGGCCGGAGGCUCCGGCCCGGGCCAGGGGACCAGAGGACAAAAGCCUGUAA